GCACCAUUCCAGUGAUAAUCUGAUAGCAAUUACAUUAAUACAAUAUUAUUAUUUAUAAAAAUAAAUAGUAAAUUACCGAAAUAGAUACCUACGAGACAACGACUUGCCUACCUAAUACAAUUUGAUAUUUUGGAUUUUGUUUAUAAAAAUGAUGAAAAAUUUGAAAAACGUAGCGUCACAAAAUUUAUUGUUGCCCAACCGUCUAAUAAAACCAACAAAGAAACAAAACCAAACGGAAGAAAACGACUGGUUAUUAGUUGCUACAAAUUGGUAUUUUUGGAUAUAUACAUGGACAUUGAUGGUAGUUGCAAUUAUUGGCUUAGGUGCCACAAUUAUGCUGAUGGUCGUAUUACGGUUCACUACUAAAAUGGAAAGUAUAGAGUUUUUAACUGACAGCGAAUUGACUAAACUUAUGGGCAAUAUAGAUUUAGAUGAUAUAUAUAAAGUUGAUGGUAUAAUGGAAGGGUUUAAAGACAUACCAUUAGAAAUAAUGAGUGAAAAUGAUAAUAUUCUUUUACAUGUUGUCAAUUCAGAAGACAAAAGUUUGGAAUCAGCAAUUGAACUUGGAUUUUCUAAAACACAAGUAAAAAACAUUGACUCGUUCACAGUGGGAGAUCCAGAAAACCCUAUUUUUACCACAUCAUUUCCAAACUUUGGACUUCCAGAAGGUGUCCGUCAUUUAGAUGUAGCCACAGUAUACACCAAUCGGAUAGUAAGUCCAAUAAACGAGACUCUAAUAUUGAAAUCUUCAAACUAUACUCGGCUGAAAGGUAAUGAAGGAACAGUCAUUGAUGGCUCUAAAAUAAAAUGGUCAGCCGAAGGAGAUAUAUUUCUCAGAUCGGUAAAUGGCACAGUAGUACUGAGUUCUGCAGGCAUUUACUUAGAUGUACAGAAUUUACCAGUAGUACUGUCAAACAAAUUUGCUGCUCAUCAAUAUAAACUAUGCAUAUGUAUGCCGAGUGGAAUGGUAUUCAGAGUGCCAGUGUCAACAAGCUACAAUUCUCACAUGGCUUGCAGUAUGAUUGAUCUAGGAGAAAGCAAUCAUCCAUGCAAAUAAAAUGUUCAUUCUGGUAUAAUAUACAAUAUGUCAAUAUAUACUAUAGACAGAAUUAUUCAAGCCAUCAUGUUUACUCAAAGAGCAUCAUAAAAAAGAAAAAAAAAUAUUAGACAAGUUCUGAAUGGAUUUCAACAUACCAACUACCAUUUCAGGUGCAUUUUAUUUUAGCAUUAUUAAAUAUUUCAUUUUUUGCUGAAUUAAUGAAAUAACUCCAAUACAAUUAGUUCAUAAGAGAUAGUUAACAAAUUAAUGUAAUAAUUGUUGUUAUUUUUUUUUAUUAUUAUUAUCAUCAUCAUUAUAUUAAUACUGAAAUAAUACUACUAGCCUUAAAUAAUAUUACCUAAAACACUAAUCUAGUCAUUAAAUCUAGUCACAUUUGUACUUAAGUUGUGAAUUUAAACACAUUUAAAAUAAUAUGUUAUAUUACUCUUGUUUUUAUAAUACAAUCAAUAAAGAAAUUGUGUUUUCAAA